CAGCGGGCGGGCGGCGGGGCCGCGCCCGGCGAUGAGGCACGAAGCGCCCAUGCAGAUGGCAUCCGUUCAAGAUUCCAGAUAUGGCCAGAAAGAUACAUCUGACCAGAACUUUGAUUACAUGUUCAAACUGCUCAUUAUCGGCAACAGCAGUGUUGGAAAAACCUCCUUUUUGUUCCGAUAUGCUGAUGAUUCCUUUACAUCUGCAUUUGUAAGCACGGUUGGGAUCGACUUCAAAGUAAAAACAGUUUUCAAAAAUGAGAAAAGAAUUAAGCUACAGAUUUGGGACACAGCAGGCCAGGAGAGGUACAGAACAAUUACCACAGCUUACUACCGGGGUGCAAUGGGUUUCAUUUUAAUGUAUGACAUCACAAAUGAAGACUCUUUCAAUGCUGUGCAGGAUUGGUCAACUCAAAUCAAAACGUACUCUUGGGAUAAUGCCCAGGUUAUUUUGGUUGGCAACAAAUGUGACAUGGAGGAUGAGCGGGUAAUCUUCACUGAGAGGGGAAAACAUUUAGCAGAGCAACUUG